UUUUCCUCGCUGCCUGGGUGACCAAGACAAAAACAAAAAGGGUUUGAAGUUUAGGCUUUUUGAACUGUCUUUCUAAUUCACUUUCAAAUGCAAGAUUUUGCUUUCUUCUUCUGCUCCUUCUUCUUGUUCUUAUAGCUACACGCUCACACGCACACUCUCAGUAAAAUGGGGCACAAUCCAAUCACUAUACUUCUUAUGAAACGCAUCACUCAAGUCUCCAAAAACCCUAAAGCGGCAAUCUUUCACCAUCUAUUCCAUCACUCGCUUAAACCCUACUCUACCUCUUCCCCUUUACCAGACCCACCAAAACCCUCUUCUCUAUCUGCUCGCAUGAGCUUUGUUUUCGAUCAAAUUGAUGCUAUUGAACGUGAACGUGCCCAGAAAGAUGAAACUCUUCAAAGAAUUCGCGCUUGGCGCCAUUCUAAAAAUACUAUGCAACCUCAGCAACAGAACCCAGAAAUUAUUAGUACUCAGAAGCCAGAAAUAUUGAGUUCUCAAAACCAGAAUCAAGACUUUGAAUCUGGGUAUAUGGAUAGUGGUGACUCAAAUUUAAAUUUGUCAGAGGCUAAUGACUCUGUUGAGCUGUCAAAGAAGAAAAGUGAGGUGGAGGUGGUUCAUCCGUGGCCUGAGUGGAUUGAAUUGAUGGAAAGGUUAGUGCAGCAGAACUACUUUGAUCAUAGAAGGAAAGAUGAAGAUAAAAUGGUUCAAGAUUUGGGAUUUGAAGUACACGGAGUUGGUGAUGAUGUUGGAAUUGAUUUUAAGGAUUUGAAGACUCUGCAGGAUGCUUGUGUCAAUUUUGGAAAAGACCGGUUUGAUAUCUUUAGGUUGUUGUCGAGACAGGAUAUUCAGAUUUUGGUUGGUUAUGGAUGCCCAAGUGCAGAUAAUAAGGUUGUUUUCUCUGCAAAACUUUUGAGAAAGCAUGUCCACCUUGAUGAAGGUGAUGUUUGUAGUAACUGCAGUUUGAGAAGCUCUUGUGAAAGGGCGUAUCUGCUAACCAAUAAAGAGGACGAGGCCCGGACUAUUGAUAUCAUGAGGGUUCUUUUCACUUAUGGUUUUGAUCCUAUAAAUGGAUCGGUAGUCAACAAGUCUCUUUUGAAACAAAAAUCACUCAAGACUGUAGUCCGUAAAUUACUUCAUGAGGUUGUAAAGCUGAGUGCCGUUCCAAUAGAUCCCAAUCUCCCCCCUCCAGUAAUUAAAAAGCCCCCACCAAAGGUGAAGCAACCUCCUCCUACUCCAAAGAGACGAGUUGGACGUGAUGAUGUUGAGAUGAAAAAAGGGGAUUGGCUCUGUCCCAAGUGUGACUUCAUGAAUUUUGCCAAGAAUACAGUGUGCUUACAAUGUGACGCCAAGCGGCCGAAGAGACAAUUGCUUCCAGGAGAGUGGGAAUGCCCAGAGUGCAACUUCUUGAACUAUAGGAGGAAUAUGGCUUGUUUCCAUUGUGAUUGCAAGCGUCCACCUGAUGAAUUUAUUGAAAAUAAAAUGGAAGAUAGGCAGCAUGUUCAUAAACCAAGGUUGGAGAAGAGUGCCAACCGUGCAGAAGUUUCCAAUGCCUGGAAUUUCGACUUUGAUGACAAUGAAUCAGAUGGGGCAGAUGUUGCUGCUUUUGAGUAUGCAGAUCCAUCAGCAAUGGAAGAAGACUCUCCUUUACAUGCUCAAGCUCAAGGAGGAAACUUUAGAGGGCUUGAUGCUGAGCUUGACAGAGGCAGCAGAAUUUCAAGAGGUCAUGAAAGAGAAUAUUCUGAACCUAGUCAUAAUAGUCCUGGGGUGGGGUUUGAUGAUUUUGAUGAUGAAGAUGACAUUGACAGUUAUGAGCUGGAUACUGAAAACAAUAGUUCUGCUCGGAAUAGUUCUCGGAACAUUAUUUCUCAACAAGGGACCUCAGCAUUUGAAGAUGAUGAAGACUUUGAUGAUAACUUGCAUACUCAUCCAAGGAAAAAUCUUCCAUCAUACGUUAAGCCAUCUAAGUCUAUGCGUAAAAGGGCAACUUUCUCUGGUUCUCAGGAUGAUGAACUGGAAAUAGAUUCUGAUGAAGAACUUUCAGUUUACCCAAAAUGGAAAUCUAGUCAUGUUGCUGAUGCUAGACAUAAAAACAGAGGUAGAAGCCCAGCUGGUCCAUCAAGGAGACUAAGUUUUGGGUCAGAUGAAGAGAUUGAGCUUGAUUCUGAUGGAGAUGAGGACUUUGGCUCCGGCCAACGGAAAGGAAAUAAGCAGGGUUUAGGCAGAAGGAGCUAUCAGAGAAGUUCUGGUUUGAGAAAUGCUUCCUUUUCUGGUUCAGAAUCCGAGGAUGAUCAGCUAUAUUCUAGGGGAGAUAGGUCGGGAAGGAACAAAAUGGAAGCUGGUGGAAGACGUGACGAUUUCAGAGGUCAUGGUGAUCACGCGUUUGCAAGUGAUGGUAAGGGAAGACCGAAGGGUAAGAUGGGUGACAAAAGGAACUCCUGGAAUGAUGAUUUUAAGAGAUCAUCUCAUAGGUCCCAUGACAAAAAUAGAGGACUGGGUAAGAUGGGUGACAGAAGGAACUCCCGGAAUGAUAAUUUUGAUAGAUCAUCUCAUUGGUCCCAUGAUAAAAAUAGAGGAUUUGGAGGUAAUGAUCAUUCCGCAAGGAGGACGAACGACAGAGGAGGCAAUUUUAGAAACUUUAAGGGACCAAAACAAGAAGGCUUUCGGAAUCGGCAAGAAGGAAGGUCCCGUGAUUAUAACAUGGAUUCGGACAACAAUUUUGGUGAGAUCAGAAAUAGCCGACGAGUUAUUGAAAGGUAAACUUGGGCUGGUGAAUGAUUGACACCGUCAGACGUUCUUGGCAUAUUAUGAAGAUGACUGGCAUUUCAGCUCCCAGUUUCAUAUUAUCAAGUGACCGUAUGCAGUCUUUACUCGGGAAGCCCGUGAAGUAAAUACAAUCAUCUCCAAAGACUGUAACUAGCUUCUCCAGCCUGAUCACUAACAUGCCACUUCGUCGCUCAGUUCCAGUUCCGGGGUUGCCCACUGAAGAACUGGUAUAAGCCUGGUAUGACACAGGUUUUUGUCACCUACGAACUUUAUCAUAAUAUAGAAGUUUGUGCUGCUGCUGCUGAAACAAAUAAGAAAAUGAUUGGUAGUCGAUGAAAUUCAUGCAAACUAAAAUGCUUCUGCUUCUCUUUUCCUUUACAUUAGUAGUCAUAGUUUAGCAUUCACAGGUUACACCUCCAACAAUACCAAUAAUAAAUCUACUUCUUUCAAUUUUUA